CUAGUCAGCAUGUGCUGGAGAUGUGUCAUCACUCUCGCUUGUUGUGACUGGAGAAAAUCGCUUCAUUUGUUGAUGUAAAAAUGCAAGUGCUGUCGCUCGUCUCUGUGAAGAUGGAGCGCCUCGUGUGGAACAGGCAAGACUGUAGAAAACACAAAUACAUGCGGGGGAGAGAGAGAGAGAGAGAGAGAGUGUGACGGUAAGUGAAAGUGCGCACGAAGGGGCAAACGAGAAUCCCCCCGAUCUCAGUUUUCAUCCUCGUUUACGGAGCUGGCAGCACUGAAAGGGAAGGAAAGACGGUGAAUUAAAACCACACUCAUUCAUACAGCUUCUGUCUGUGAACAUUUCCCUUCUUCUUCAUCACAACUGCUUCUGAACACAGAGGUGAUGGCUGAGGUGGAGCUCCUCUCCACACCCCAUAAUAUUCAGAUCAGCGAUGUGACCUGCGACUCGUUCCGGAUCACCUGGGAAAUGGCCCAUGAGGACUCGUCCCGAGUGACGCAUUACUUCAUCGACUUGAGCCGCAAAGAGGGCAGCGAGCACAACCGCUUCAAGCACAGAGAUGUCCCAACCAAGCUGGUGGCAAAAGCAGGACCUCUGCCAAUGGCUGUGAGAGGCCACUGGUUCCUCAGCCCUCGAACAGAGUACUGUGUCGCUGUGCAGACGGCCAUCAGACAGCCGGACGGAGACUAUCAGGUGUCUGAAUGGAGCCAAGUAGUGGAGUUCUGCACUGGGGAUUAUGCUAUGGAGCAUCUCCAGCAGCUGUUAGAUAAAGCUCAGGCCGCUGCUGGGAGGAUGCUCAGGUUCUCCGUCUUCUACCGCAAUCAGAGUCCUGAAUACUUCCAUUAUGUCAGGUCAGAGUGUGGCGGUGCAAUGCUUCUAUCCUUCAAAGACAACAGUGGAAGUCAUGGCUCCCCCAUCAACGGAAAGCUACGCGGUGUCUUCCUCAGCUGCAACACUGAGUUUGACACAGGCCUUCCUCCUAAAGACUCCCCGUACGGCUCUCUGCGCUUCCAAAUUUCUGCCGAUCGUCUCCUCAACCCAAGUACAAACCUCUACUUCGCUGACUUCUACUGCAUGUACACAGCGUACCAUUAUGUAGUGCUGGUGCUGGCCCCUGCUGGAUCGGAGGGGGAUAGCUUUUGCCAGAGCCACCUUCCACGACUGGACCUGUCAACCAAUCCCUUCCUGACGUACACGCCCGGAGACGUACCGGUCUUCUGUCAUGCCAGUGACGUCAUUCUGGAAGUGUUGUACACCGAGCCCUUGCUUCUUGAGCACGGCAUUCUGGCUCAGAUCAGCGGCCGCCACCAGCUAAUGAGCCUUUCCACUGCAAACGCCAAAAAAGACCCAAGCUGUAAGGUGUGCAAUAUCAGUGUGGGCCGCUGAAGUGUCGGUGACAGCUGUCACUGGAUGUGCAACUGGAAACCAGACCAUGAGAACCUCACUGGUCUGAGAAUCUGAGUAAAAAUAUUCAAAGAGGCGCUAUUUGGAAUUUAAAAUAUGCCAAAGGCAUUGCACAAAAUAGGCAAAAAUAAAUAAUACGAACAUGAAAAUUGAAUGAGGUCAUGACAGUCUGGCUGCUAGUCUGCCCACUUGUUAAGAAACCAAGCCAUAUGAUCUGUGAGGCAACUAUUCCGAUCUUAAGGAGACCAAAAAAUGUUUCAUCAUUUACUCACUGACUUUUAAAGCCUGUAUUAUUACAACAAGGAGGAAGAGCACCAUAAAAGAGGUCAGUGUGACUAGUGUUAAAUUUUGAAAGUCGUCUGAAGCCAUAUGAUAACUAGUGUGAGUCAGACUCAUGAAGAGUCAUGUUAGUAUAAUGUAAAUCAACUUCCUUAAGACUAAUCAUAUAUAAAUCAUAUUUAGUGAUAUCAUUAUUGAGUUAUGUAAAUGAUUCUGUUUAUUUUUAAGUCAUUUGUCUUUAAGUCAUUGUCUAUAUAUAUAUAUAUAUAUAUAUAUAUGUAUGUUAAAUUAAUUGUACAGAAUGCUUUAACAAACAAUAAAACACUUCUGAGAGUU